AUGCUAUCAGCAUUUCCCUAUUUGCUCACUGGUGUGGGCAGAGCAGUGGACCUGUGUUGUGCACCUGGCAGUUGGACACAGACUCUCGCACGGAAAAUACUCAACGGAGAAGUGUCCGAUAAACGAGUGAUUUCGGUGGAUUUACAAGCAAUGGCGCCUGUUGAAGGGGUGACUAUCCUACAAGGAGAUAUCACAGAACAAACAACUGCGGAAAGUAUCAUUAAGGCUUUCGACGGAAAAUUGGCGGAUCUAGUAGUGUGCGAUGGCGCUCCCGAUGUAACCGGACUGCACGACAUUGAUGAAUAUAAUCAGGCGCAGCUUUUGCUUGCUGCGAUGAAUAUAGCCACCUGCGUAUUGAGGCCUGGGGGAACGUUCCUCGCGAAGAUGUUCAAGGGGAAUGAAACCGUGCACCUUGUAUCACAGAUGAAAGUGUUGUUCACACACGUGACCAUCUCCAAGCCAAGGAGUAGUAGAGCAGCGAGUGCGGAGGCAUUUGUGGUGUGUGUGGGCUACAGACCGCCGGUGGGAUACACCCCCACACUGUCGAAUGCCUUUCUCGACAGCGAUUCCUACACCGCGGAUAACUUGUCGGCAGCGAACGCAUGUUACGAGCCGUUCCUGACAUGUGGAGAUAUAAAUAAAGCUGUGCCGAGUUGAUAACGAA